UGGAAAAACAUAGGCCUCACAAAGGCACAAGAUGAGUUAGUGUAUCCGGUACACCCACUUUCAAUGUUCAUCUAUAUUUCUCUCAACAGACUACUGUUUUCCUCUGAUUUCACUUUGUGGGCAUUCAAACCAGAGGCUAAAACAUGUCCUCCUCGUUGGAAUUUGAUGAAAUGGCAAUGUCUGAGAGAGGACCAGACUUAGACAUUGUAAUUGCAGGUGGGGGAUUGGCAGGUUUGGCUCUUGCGCUUGCGCUUCAACACAAAAAUGUCGAAGCACAUGUCUUCGAAUAUCACCCAUAUUUUAAGGCUGAUACGGCCACUGCAAUAGGCAUUGGUCCCAAUGGUGUCACUGCUCUUGAAGGGAUUAAGCCUGGCUUGAGCUCCAUCAUCUCCCAAGCAGGCUCUUACACAAAUAAUAUCAAGCUCGCCUAUUUUAGAGACGGGAAGGAGGAUCCGCCCAGAAUAACAAACGUGCCGCCCAAGGAAUAUGUUACUGUUAGGUGGAAAUCUGUGCAGGAAAUCUUGGCAAGUUUAGUUGAUAACAAAAGAAUUGUUUUCUCCCAUAAGCUUAUAGGGUAUCGACCUUCUAAGGGCGGUGUUGAGGCCUAUUUUAGAUGUGGAAAUGCCUUGGAUAGAAUUAAGGUCAUUUGGACUAAACUUUUAAUUGGAGCAGAUGGAAUAUGGUCAGCUGUAAGAAAACAGAUGGUGGGGGAUUCUCCAAGGUACCUCAAUUUGGUGCAUUGGAAUGCACUGCUGUACAACCCAGAUCUCAAAGUUUAUAAGGGCAUAGAAGAGGGGCAAAUUGUUGUUCGAACAAUGGAGAAUAUGCAGGCGCACAGCAUUAUAGCCCAUGCAGGGCAUUACACUCUGUGGGUUCUUCGUACGAAAGAUGAAUCAGAGGAUUUGGCAAAAUCAUUGGUAGGAGGAAGAGGCGGCAUUGGUAUUCCUGGUUGUAAAGCUCGUGCUCUUCAACGAUUGGAUGGGCUUGAAGGAUGGGAUAGUGUUCGAGAAGUUAUUGAUGCAACCAGUGAGGAUAUUAUAUCAGAAAGAAAGAUAAUGGACAGGUUGCCCCUAGAUAAAUGGAGUGAUGCAGAUGGUCAUGUCCUGCUCAUUGGUGAUGCUGCACAUGCUCAGUAUGUUGGGCCAGGACAAGGCGCCAGAACUGCAUUUGAAGAUGCCCAUCAACUCUCCCUUCUUCUUCAACAUGCAAGUCACUCAUCUUUUUCAGAGGAAAGCAUCAGAGAUGCUGUGAAAAGCUUUUGACUGUGACAGUUUAGCAGGUUUGAAGAGUUCAGAAUUCCUCGGAUGAAAAAGAUGCAGCUGUAUGCAGCCUAUAACACAAGGCUUCCUAAAUUUCAACCUGAGUGGUUCCAGAAUUUGACAGCGGAAGAAAGAAUGAGAGUCUAUGAGGAAUACUCGAAAUGGGUUCAUUCAUAUCCCAACAAGCAAGAGUGUGACCCUGACUCCAUCUAUUUCAACCCUGAUUCCACCUAUUUCAAGUGAAUAUGUUUCUAAAGUAGCUAAAAUUCAUGCGGGCCAGGUAACAGCGUCUUGUCUGUUUAAGCUUUGUACAAACCUGAGUAAGAUUCUUAAAUUGAUCUUGUUCAAUUAGACCAUUGGCUAGCACAGGGCUUGCAUUUCUACAUCAGUAAGUUAAUUUUGGAAUUGCAUAGCAUCUGAUACAAUUGGAAUGAAUGAACCUCCUGUAUAUCUGUUAAUUUGAGAUACUUCAGUGAACCCCAAAUUAAUUAGCAUUGCUGAAGUGAAAGCAUUUACUAGUAAAUAUUUUAUAUUUCGACAGAGAAGCCAUUAACGUGAAUGCAUUAAAGUGCAAACUUGUACUUCAGAGUCUACAGUCGUAAAGUUUGGUCAAUGUUUUACAGUUGGUAUCGGCUUAAGGCUCAAUACUACACAAAAUAAUCCAUUCCAGAUGAAUCUAGAUGUUUCCUAGAAAA